AAAAUAAAUUAGUGUGUAAUAAAAGUCCAACGUCCAUCUCAUUGGUAUCUUCUCCCUUUCUCUUUCUCACUCACUCCUAAUUUAUACCUACGCUUCCCUCUUCUACAACUCCCUCCCACAAAUCCUCUGCAAUGGCUUUUUCCUUCUGCUCCACCAAAUCCCUUAUCUUUCUCUUCUUCCUCUCAGCCAUCCCCAUCGCCUUCAUCAUCUCUCUCGAGCUUGCCAAGCCCACCACCCACGUCUUUCACUAUCACAGUUCUGGUUUCUUCCGUGAGUGCGCCAAGUGGGAUGAUCUUAACCGUCGAUUUAUCGUCUCCUUCUUGGAUGGUGGAGUCGGCGAAAUUCAUGUGCCCGACGAUUACUCCCCGGAUAGUGUUCUGCAGGAGGUUACUGUGGUGAAAGACGUUGAUGUGGCUGGGAACUCUUCGCUUGGUAUCGUCGUUGAUCGGCCGAGGAAUCGGGUGCUCGUGGUGAUCGCUGACGUCCUAGGGAACAAGUAUAAUGGGCUUGCAUCUUAUGAUUUGUCUACUUGGGAGCGUCUUUUCCUUACCGUACUCAGCGGCCCAAACGAUGAGAAAUCCUUUGCGGAUGAUGUUGCAGUGGAUGCAGAAGGAAAUGCAUACGUUACCGAUGCAAGAUCCAGUAAAAUUUGGAAGGUUAGGAAGGAUGGGGAAUUCCUAUCCAUUAUCAAAAACCCACUCUUCAUCCAAAAAGAGUGGUACAAAAACCUGGUUGCACUUAAUGGGAUUGUUUACCACCCUGAUGGAUUCUUGAUAGUCAUUCAUACAUUCACGGGCAAUUUAUUUAAGAUUGAUGUAACCAAGGGGGAUGAAGUCAAGUUAAUCAAAGUAAGUGGAGGCUCUCUGUCCUUUGGAGAUGGCCUGGAGUUACUGUCCCCUACUACGCUGGUGGUUGCAGGAAAUCCUUCAGGGAGAUUAGUGGAGAGCUCUGAUGGGUGGGAGACUGCUUCUGUUGUAGCCAAAUUUAAAGGGCCAGCACACCGGUUGGCCACCGCAGCAACUGUGAAGGAUGGGAAGGUUUAUCUUAACCACAUGAUUGGUAUGGGGUAUCCUAAAAAGCAGCAUGCCAUUGUUGAGGCAGUUUUUUCUACUUGAACAACACAAAUUAACUUGUUAUUUUGGAGAUAUAAUGUACCAGAAAUUUCAGUUAUGUUUACUUUUGAACAUUUGCAGAUCCGCCACUGGGCUACACCAUUUUAAUUGACGAAUGAAAGAUUGUAGUCUCUGCUGUAAGAACAGUCUGAAGCUGAAGCAUUUGAAUAUUGCUGUUGUAUGCUUUGCUUAAAUUAUCCAAAUCUAAAAUGGAUUAUCAUUCUAAUAA